UUCUUUUUCUUUUUUUUUUUUUUUUUUGUUUGUUUGUUUGAUGACUGAAUUACCCAAAUGGCAACUUACACUUGUAUUUUUAUGUCGUUUUGCAGAACCGGUUAGCUUUUCAGUGCACUUGCCAUUUAUUUACUUUAUGGUAAGAGACUUCCAUGUUACUGAAGUAGAAGCAGACUUGGGUUAUUAUAUUGGAUUACUUACAACAGCAUUUGGUAUAGCUCAAUUUAUUUCAGCUAUUCCUUGGGGUUUACUUUCUGAUCGUAUCGGUCGAAAGCCAGUCAUUAUGAUUGGACUCACAAGUACUAUUGUAUCUAUGGUUUUAUUUGGUUUAUCUCCUUCUUAUGCCUUCGCUUUGACUCUCAAAAUUAUAUGUGGAUUGAUGGAUGGAAAUAUUGGUAUUUUGAAAAGUAUGAUUCAAGAAAUGACCACAACUUGCAGCGAAGAACAAAGAGCUCGUGCUUUUUCCUUUUUACAAGUGACAUUCGGUAUUGGUACAUCAGUGGGUGUCAUGUUAGGGGGAUUCUUAUACAACCCUGUGGUUUUAUUCCCUGAUCUUUUUGAAGACUACCAAUGGAUCAAACACUUCUUGCUGGUCAAUCCUGCCUUUCUCCCAUGUUUUGUAGCUUCAUGUAUUUCCCUGGUUGGUUUGAUACUAGCUGCAUUUUUUCUGGAAGAAACUCUUGUCAUCACUAAAAAACCUCUUAAGGAUCAAGAAACAACUCCUUUAUUAUCUCAAUUAACAUCAUCCAAACCUGGUUCAAACUCAAAUGAUUAUUCUACAUUUGAAACAACAGCAUCAUCAUCAUUAGCAACAACGACAACGGUUGGAAUCGGAUCACCAUGGAUCGAUAUCUCCAAAAAGAUGAAAAAGACCCUCACUCAGUCUGUCCUUUUGAUAUGCGCUACUUACGGUUUGAUUGCAUUUCAAAAUGUUUUCUAUGAUGCCCUUUUUAUUGUUUGGUCGGUAUAUGAUUAUCAGCAAGGAGGUAUAGGACUUAACAAUUCACAAAUGGCUUUGAUCCUGGCAGCAUCUGGGCUCAUCACGCUGGUAACGCAACUAGUAUUCUUCCAUAAAUUGGUUCGAUAUUUUGGCACCUUACGAAUUCUUUAUUGGUCACUUUUACUUAGUAUUGUAGUUUUCUUUGGACAAGGAUUUACUCGGCUACUUUAUUAUUUGCCUAUUAAUAUUACAAUGAUUGGAUCAGAUGACAGCAGUAGCAAGUUGACUUGGAUUGUUUGGUGUGUGACCUUGGCGGAAAUGGCAAUCAAGACUGUAUGUCAGACGGUAAUGAUGACCAGUUCUGUAAUGUUGAUCAAUAAUGUGGCUCCUACUGCUGAUUCUCUUGGUACUAUCAAUGGUUUUUCUCUUUGUGUGUCAUCAUUAAUGCGCGCUAUUGGUCCCACAAUUUCUGGUAUUAUAUGGUCAAUAUCUUUAACUAAUCCAAGCAUACCUUCAUCAAUACGACCUUAUAUGAUUUGGUGUAUUCUUUCAAUCAUUGCCCUCGGUACAUUUAUGCUAUUUAGACAAUUUAAACAUCAAUUUAAUCAAUCAACCAACAUCAACAUUUGUGGAUGAUCGAAAGAUGACUAUCAAGAACGAAACAGGUGAUUAGGACUCUCUAACUUUACUCUCCACAACGCAAUCAUGACUUCUCUUUUUGGUUUUUUUUUUGAUUUUUUACUUUUCCCCUUCUCCUCCCCCCAUUUCUUUUUUUCUUUUGUAUUUGAUUGCUUCGCGAAGCUUCCAUUGGUCUACAAUAGAUAUAGAUGAUUAGUUUUAUUUUUAGAUUUGGAUAUUUUACUGGAAUUUAGGUCAUUCUGGAAAACGGUGACGAUGUCUUUAAUAGAAAAAAAAAGAAAGAAAGAAAACAAUAUUGACGACGCAAGACGAUUAUGGUUUAUAUUUUAUUUUAUCUGAACAUAACAAAAUAAGUAAAUAAUACAAGAGGGAAUAUAUGAG